CUUACGUAAACUUUCAGUGGCAAGGGCUUGGUGGGCGAGGCCUUAAGGGGCUGCCUGGGCGUGGUUUGUGGCAAAAGAACUCCGGCGCCGAGUGGGCGGGGCGAUUGUGAGGCGGAGCCUAGCGUGGAAUGGUUAGCUCGCUCCCCGGUGCCGUGCAGCAUGGGACAUCGCACUCUGGCCUCUUUCCCGGCCCUGUGGGCCUCCAUCCCCUGUCCACGCUCAGAGCUGCGCCUGGACCUGGUUCUGGCUUCCGGACAGUCCUUCCGGUGGAGGGAGCAAGACCCUGCACACUGGACUGGCGUGCUGGCGAACCAGGUAUGGACAUUGACCCAGACUGAGGAGGAGCUCUACUGUACUGUGUACCGAGACGACAACGGAUGGGUUGGCAGACCCACACCAGAAGAGCUAAAGACUGUGCACCAGUACUUCCAGCUGGAUGUCAGCCUGGCUCAACUAUAUCACCAUUGGAGUUCUGCAGACCCCCACUUCCAAGAGGUUUCACAGAAAUUCCAAGGUGUGCGACUUCUGCAACAGGACCCCAUCGAGUGCCUUUUCUCCUUCAUCUGUUCCUCCAACAACAACAUUGCUCGCAUCACUGGCAUGGUAGAACGGCUCUGCCAGGCCUUCGGACCUCGGCUCAUCCAGCUUGAUGAUGUCACCUACCAUGGCUUCCCCAGCCUGCAGGCCCUGGCUGGGCCAGAAGUAGAGGCUCAGCUCAGGAAGCUGGGCCUGGGGUACCGUGCCCGCUACGUGAGUGCCAGUGCCCGAGCCAUCCUAGAAGAACAGGGCGGGCUGCCCUGGCUGCAGCAGCUGCGCAAGGCCCCCUACGAGGAGGCCCACAAGGCCCUGUGCACCUUGCCCGGGGUGGGCACCAAGGUGGCUGACUGCAUCUGCUUGAUGGCUCUAGACAAGCCCCAGGCCGUGCCCGUGGAUGUCCACGUGUGGCAGAUUGCCCAGCGUGACUAUAGCUGGCACCCCAGCACAUCCCAGGCCAAGGGUCCAAGCCCCCAGACUAACAAGGAACUGGGAAACUUUUUCCGGAGUCUGUGGGGACCUUAUGCUGGCUGGGCCCAAGCAGUCCUGUUCAGUGCUGACCUGCGCCAACCCCACCGAGCUCAGGAGCCAUCAGCAAAGCGCAGGAGAUCUACAGACCUAGAAAGCUAGGUGGGGGACACUGAACAAAGGGAUUUCCCCAAGUACCUUUCCCAACUUCCCUC